AUGGGAAAGCAUCUUCCAGUUGAGUUAGAACAUCGUGCAUUUUGGGCCAUCAAAAAUUUAAAUUUUGAUCCAUUGGCAGCUGGUGAGAAGAGACUUCUUCAACUUAAUGAGUUAGAUGAGCUUCGUUUUGAAGCUUAUGAAAGUUCUAAGCUUUACAAGGAGAAGACAAAACGAUGGUCAGGUCCUUUUAAAAUCCGAAAAGUUUACCCAUAUGGCUCCGUUGAAUUAUGGAAUACGAGUGGUGGAACUUUUAAGGUGAACGGUCAAAGAGUGAAGCAUUACAAAGCUGGUGAGCCAAUUGUUGAGAAGGUGGAGAUUCCACUUUCUACCCCCUCAUCAGAAUAA